UUUGAAUGUGGGUCGGUUGGUCGUGUCUGCGUUUGUUGUUAAAGCGGUGGCUUCUGAACUCGUGAUGGAGGAGAAUAUGAAUGAGUCAAGGAUGCGAUUGGCUCGCCUUACAAACCGUUUAGCAUACCUUCGAACAAAACAGGAGGAAGCAAACAAAACUGAAGAGCUGAAAUGUAACUCUGAUGUUACAGAUCACACUGCUACAAUCAGACAAAUUAUGGCUGAUGGAAACUAUCCAGAAGACUGGUUUGUCUACCUUCAAAAAGUGGAAAACUUGGGUGAUCCUCAAACUAAUGAAACCCUAUUGAACAGGCUUAUAGACCUCUACAAUGACACAGUUGCUGCCCUAUCGGUUGAGAAGCAUUAUGCAAAUGAAUGCUAUGCUCGUAUCUUGACACGUUUUGCAGAACUUAAAGUUUUUGUAGAUGCAGAUGAAGCACAGGAGCAAUUCAACUUGGCUAGAGUGAACUGCAAGAGAUUUGCCUUUGUACACAUAGCAUGUGCACAAUUUGAGCUUAAUCGAGGAUCUGUAAGGAAAUGCAGAAACAUUCUUCAGAAAGCACUGGAUAUCAAAGCAAAGCCCAUUGAGCUCUUGGAAGUUGCUUUUCAAAAUUUAAAUCAGGGAAAUAAGCAGCUCUUAUUACCUGAAGCUGGAGAUCAAGAAAAUCUACCUGUGACAAUGUGUAAAGCAAUACCAAGUGUUUUAUCAACCGACAUUGUUUCAUUGAAGAAGAAUAGAAAAAACAGCGAUAGUUCUGAAGAAUUCCAAAUUGAUGCUGUUUCAUCUUUCAGGGCUGACAUGAACAGCUUGGCCAGAGAGAAUGAUGUAUCACUCCUGGAGCAGAUAACUGUCAAGAAGCUGAAAAGCAGUGUUAAUAGCCAGGUCUUGCAAGCAGGCAAAGUUCCCUUUCAGCCAAUAAUGAAUGAAGCAGUGUGUGGCUUAAAGAUGAUGGAUAUUCCCUCUGUGAAGAUGCAAACUUGCUCAUCCAAAGCAAUGAAUGUAUUAGCUUCAGCAUUGCCUCAAUCAGAUUUGUGUGCCCAAGACUUGAAGUGCCGUUCAACUAUCACCAGUUCCCCAAAUUUGCAAAGCUCAAAUGAGGAUAGUGAAAAUGUGAAUGCUUCCCCCAUCUUUACUGGCAGUGGAUUGCUGGAUUUAAAAAAACGAAGAGCUGUUCCUGAUUAUAUUAACCAAGACAGUUAUGAACUAAAAUCUGCUAACCUGAAGAAAAACAGCUUAAAGGAAUCCAAAACUAGUACUGUUGAUAUGAUGAAGAAACCAGGCUGUUUUGCUGCAGAAGCUGUCAAAGGAAAAGAAGUAUUAGGAGGUGCUUUUGCUCACAUUUCGCCUGAGGCUAAUGUACCAAUACUUAAUAAGGCUGGUGCGAUGCUUGCUCCAAAGAAAAUUCCAUCCACUACUAGUGUGAGUAAAAGUGCAGUUCCAACAGCAUCUACUUGUCAGACACCUAGUACCAAGAUGUCUAAUCACUCCAUGUGUAGUUCACAGACUCCAGUUGUGAACAAAUCUGUACUGGUGCAGGUUUCAACUCCACACAAUUUUAUACCAGCUUCCCAAUUUCACACCAGUUUUCCACCUACUCCAGCAACACCACAACAGCAUUACAAUCAGCUCCAACAAUAUGGAUCUUCUCAGCUUCUGCCACAAUUGGGGAUUCCAGGUACUUUUGUUGCCAAUGAAACUAUCGUGAUUAAGGAGAGAGUCUAUUCUGUAAUAAAAUUGCUUGGAACCGGAGGAUCAAGUAAGGUAUUCCAAGUACUUGACCAGAAGAAACAACUGUAUGCUGUUAAGCAAGUUAAUCUGCAGGAUGCAGAUGAGUUUGCAGUUGCAGGCUACAAAGGUGAAAUUGAAUACUUGAAACGUCUGCAGCAACACAGCGACAAGAUAAUCAGGCUUUUUGACUAUGAGAUCACAGAAAAUUAUAUCUACAUGGUCAUGGAAUUGGGAAAUGUAGAUUUAAACACACUGCUCCGAAGGAAAAAGAUUAUCAAGCCACUAGAGCGCAAAUUGUACUGGGAAAACAUGUUGGAAGCUGUUCACACAAUUCAUCAGCAUGGCAUUAUUCACAGUGAUUUGAAACCAGCCAAUUUUUUGGUGGUUGAUGGAAUGCUGAAAUUGAUAGAUUUUGGUAUUGCUAAUGAGAUACAGCCGGAUGUAACCAGUAUAAGUAAAGAUGCUUUGGUCGGCACAUUGAAUUUCAUGGCCCCUGAAACGAUUAAAGAUACAUUUUCUAAUGGUGAAAACAGAUCGAAGUCCAAGAUCAGUCCAAAGAGUGAUGUAUGGUCCCUUGGCUGUAUCUUGUAUUAUAUGACUUACGGGAAGACUCCAUUUCAGCACCUUACAAACCAUAUCACCAAACUGCAGGCUAUUACAGAUCCAAACUAUGAAAUAAAGUUCCCCAGUAUUCUAGAAACAGAUCUUCUUGAUGUACUGAAGAAAUGCUUGAUAAGGAAUCCGAAGGAAAGGAUUUCGAUCGCUGCAUUGCUUGAUCAUCCUUACGUCCACCUCCAAGUUCAGCAACAGGCAGUUGAACCCAGCAAGACAUCCAGAAAAGAAAUGCAUCACAUCUUAAGCCAGCUGGUAGCUCUGAAUUCUCCAAACAGCAUCACAAGGGCAACUAAAACUUUGUGGGAGCAGUGCAACAAUGGCCGUGAUCUCGAUAUGUCUGCUUUUAGAAAGUCAUCCCAGCACAAUGUAUAGCAAAUACAAUGAUGCAUUCAUCUGAAACCUGUGGAUCAAGGCAGAGAAUCGCGGACACCAAGGAACGGGAGUGGACAAUGUCUCUUUGACUUGGAGAGAUGGAAAACCAAUUUAAUUCUUUGAAAAUUGUCUUGUGGAUGUCUGUGCUCUUAUUUGUGUUUAUAACAUGCAUCCUGUGUAGUAUCAUGUCAUCUUGCCAUCCAACUAAUAGCAGUAAUGUUCUACUGAUUUACAAAAAGAGGUUUGCCCUAGGACUGUUUUUAGAGAGUAAAGGUUUCCUCAUUUUGAGAUAACAAUAUUUUUCUUCAUGUCAUGUUCAGAGGUUAGAGGCAAACCAUAGCUGCCUCUAAAUUUAGCCAAGCUUGGAAGACCGGUCAACAUUGCACAGUCUGAUCUUUCUGCAUUGAGCUUUAUCAUUUAUUGGUGUGUGAGAUUGUCAGAUCUUUCUCGCUGUCUUCCCCUACAAUAUCUAGACCUAUGAGCUAAAUGGAGACCAUCUAAAUUAAUUUGUAGUCAGCUUGUAUUCAAAGAUAUUUACUCCAACCCUUUUCAGGUUGAAAUCAAACAUGGGUAUCGAAGGUCAAAAGGAAGAGUUUAACCUAUUCUGCCCCUUUUUAAUUUUUUGAAUGUUAAAGCCUUAAAUUUGUAUUUAAUUGAUUAUUCAAUUAAAAUUUUGAGGUGUCAAGCUCAAGGUUUCCUUAUCUUUUGCAGAAAACUUUUAUGCUUAGCCUUUUUGAUAGGGCAAUGUAUUGCAUCAUCCAGCUACCUGCAUAUACAUCAUCUUGAUCAUGUAGAAUAUUUUGAACUGAAGCAGACAUAAAACUUGGUCUAAGUUAAGUGUACAAAUACUCUUGUCUGUUAAAGACAAUAAGAUAUAAUCAUCCGAUUGUAAUUGUCAUGAACAUGUGAGGCCUAAUUAAUUUGUAAAUGCAAAUAAAAAUGUCCUGUCAGAAAAUACACUAUUCACCCGAAAUAGUAGCCUGUGGUUAAUUCACCACAAAUAUCUGGAUAUGGUAGUAUUUGUUUUUUUCCUCUAAUAGAUAUACCCGAUUGUAUUUUCUCCCCUCUCAAAUCUGAGAUUUGUACAAAAACUAUGAAAAACAUGAGUUGGUCCUUGAAAAAUUUGAGUUUGUUCGAUAAUGUGUUCAAAUGGAUACCUUUUGUUGAGAGGAGGGGAGAACAGUAUUCAAAUGUAAAUCUAGUCGUCUUGCUUUAGCUGAGGGAAAGUUGAAGUUGACUGACAAUUAGUGAAAUUCUAAGGUUUAAGUUACGACAAUGUUAUAGUGUGAAAAGUACUUUUGUAAAAAUAUAACCCAUUCAUGCUCACACACUAAACAUAACAUCAGUUAACUUCAGAGACUAUAUGGUAAUUAUUGAAUAGAUUAUAUGUAGUUUCAUAUU